AUGGUAUCCUGGAGGCCGUCGUCGGUAGCGCUCCUCGUAGUUGCCUUGGGCUUCGCUCUACUCCACCAUUCUUCCGCCCAGAACUCACCUGCUAACUACCUAAGGCCGCACAACGCUGCCCGAGCGGCGGUGGGCGUGGAACCUCUCACCUGGGAUCCUACUCUUCAGGAGUACGCCCAGAACUAUGCGGAGGAGAGGGCCGGCGACUGCGACCUUGUGCACUCUCAGGGGCCAUAUGGCGAGAACAUCUUCUGGGGCUGGGGGAAAGUCUACAACGCCAAGGAUGCGGUGCAGUCGUGGGUAAACGAGGAGCAAUACUAUGACUACGACAGCAACUCGUGCCAGGAAGGUAAGGUCUGUGGUCACUACACUCAGGUAGUCUGGCGGAACACGGAGAGGGUCGGCUGCGGCCGUGUGCGGUGCGACUCCGGCGCUUACUUCAUCGUUUGCAGCUACGAUCCGCGGGGUAACUGGGAAGGCGAGUGGCCAUAUAGGUUUUCCUCCUAG